AUUCUGCAUACGCUAACCUCGAACAUCCACUCAAAACUAAUAAUUUUUUCAAUCAAUUUUGCAAUUUAGUUCGAUAAAAAAACAAUAUAAAAAAAUAAAAUAUCCUCUGUAUAAAUAAAGUAAAUUUAAAAGAAAAUAAACUCACAAAAUGUCGGAAAAUAAUGAUAACUCAAACGAAUCGAAUAGCAUGGGCAGUGACUCUAUACUACAGAGUUCUCGUCUAACUGGUGGCGGUAGUGUUGGUGGUAAUCCAGUAUUAAGAGCCGGUGUUUUGCGUCCAUCGGUGCUAGGACCAUCUAGACUGGGUUCGGCCUUAACAAAUAAUAGCACAGCAAAUAAUGUGACGUCAUCAAAUGAUGCAAGUGAUGGCGUAGAAACAGCUUCCGGUGGUUGUGAGGUAGCUGGAGGAGAUAGCGUGGAAAAUAAAUCAAAUGAAAAAGCAGGUAAUCCUUUCUUAAAAGAUCACAAAGGAGAUGAAGAAGGUGAGGGAGAUGAUCAAGAGGAUUCUGCAGCCGCAGCCAAAGGAAACGAUAAUGGCGAAAACAAUGAUGAAUCUGAUGAACGUCCGGAUCCAUUGUCAUUGUUACGUAAAAAUGGUAUGGAACGUUCUAAUCUUUUUGCUGCUGCCAAAAAUUCUAUACCUUUGGUUGAAAAGUCUGGUUUUGUUUUUGGACAAAAUGUUCAUGAACGUGUUGUGGGUGAAAAUUUAAAAGCCGAUUCUACUACCACCGCUGAUAAUGCUGAAUCUUCAACUUCGACUUCCGGAGAAGGUCUGUUGUUUUCAAGUGUUAUACAAAACGCUGCUGCUGCAGCCAAAUCAUCAGAAGGUUGUGACUCUUCUUCGGGCAAAGAUACCAAUACCGAAGUUAAAAGCCUUACCGAGGUAGCACGAGAGUAUGAAGAGAGUCGGGCUCAAAAACGUAAAUACGAAGAAGUUGAAACAUUUACCGGCGAAGAAAAUGAAGUGAACAUUGUGGAUUUAAAUUGCAAGUUAUUUGCUUUUGUCAAUAGCAACUGGGAAGAACGUGGUCGUGGCAGUCUACGUCUUAACGAUUCUAAAAUUGAACAUGAAUGUUCUCGUUUGGUAUUUAGAACAGCAGGAAAUUUACGUUUAUUGCUAAAUACCAAGGUUUGGGCCGGCAUGGUUGUUGAACGCCCCAGCCAAAAAUCAUUGCGUUUAACAGCUAUGGAUAAUACGGGUAAAAUAAAAAUUUUCUUGGUAAUGGCUCGUCCCGUAGAAAUCAAUCAGUUAUACAGUGCCCUAGUAGAACGUAUAGAUAAACGCAAAAUUUCUCAUCCCGAUGAAUUGUUAUGUGCUGCUAGCAACAAUAGUGGAGAACAAAAUACUGAAGAAAUAAAAAAUGGCUCGGCCAAACACUUGUCCGAAGAAGCUGCUGCUGUAGCUGAACCAGAUCAUGAUGAUUCCACUGAGCCCAGUCCCAAGAAAACCAUACUCUCCGUUGACGAAGCAUCAUCAAAUGUACAACAAUAGGAAUCAUCUAAAAAAAUAAUAAACGAAACAACAAAUUAAAUUACAAUCAUUUUAUAUUUACAAGUAUUUACAUCAUAAUUUUCCAUUAAGCGUAAAUUUAAUUUUCUUCACACGUUCUCUGUUUCUUCUAAUUCAUUAUUUGUUUCUUAAUUAUAAUUAUUUUCAUUUUAUGAAAUACUUUAAUGAUUUAGAAAAGAAAAAACUUUUAAGAAAAUUGUUUUACUCACUAAUUGAAAAUGAUAAUCAAAAAUGAUAUAAUUUUUCGUUUAAAGAAUAAAAAUAUGGAAAAAGUAAUAAAAAAAAUAGCAAAUAAUUUCUUGCUAUUAAACAACUCCUCAAUAUUUGGAAAUUGAUUAUAAAUGGAAUUUUAUAAUUUCUCACAAAGAAAAAAACUCAAGAAAAAACAAAAAAGUAAAAAAAAAAAACAUUUUGAUGUUUAAUUCAAAAUUAUAAUUAUUACAAUUUUAAUGGAAUUAUAGAAACUAUAGUUCUCUUCUUUUAUAGCACACUACAUACAUACAUAGGUCAGUCAUAUACAAAUGGAAAAACGAAUUGUAUCAUCUUUAAAAUUAAUAAAUAUUUA